GUAUUUCCUAUCCAAGUAUCCAUCGUGCAUCAUCAAAGGGUUCGAUCUGAAAAGGGCAGUUGGUGGUGUUGACAAAAUCAGAAUGACUCUAAAGGACAAUAUUGUUCGUACGAUCAAUACUUAAUCAACCUUUCUAUUUCUUUAUUUAACGCGAUAAUUACCUUAAUAUCAGUUUUUUUAUUUUUUUUUAUUUUUUUUUUCCCUUUUUCCUUCGCUUGAUUGUUGAUAAAAAAUCUUGACCCAACACUAUUAACCUACUCUAGUCUAUAAUUCCAAUAUGGGUCGAGCUAAGCCAACUAGCCACCAUUAACGACCACACCACUUACCAUAUCAAAUCACUCUUUGCUUAUCGACUAAAUCACACAUAUUUUCAAAUUGUUACCCAACAUCAAAAAAAUGGAUUUAAUAACUUGGAAUUUGAAACUUCCUUUAGUUUCCCCAAUUAAUUUGAACCGCCCAAUCAAUAGCAAAGAGAAGAUAAUCUUUCGAUUUUGUAAUUACCCUUUACAAUUUAAUCAUCUUAGGAAUAAGCCCUUUUCAAUUUCAAUCACACAUGCAAAAAAGAAGAAGAAUUUGCAGUUGGAAUCACCAGUUCUUCAACCCAGCAUUACUGAAAAAGUAAUUGAAGUUGAUGAAGACGAAGAAUUUGAAGAAGAUGAUGACCUCUUAAUUACUGAUGAUUUUGACGAAGAGGAAUUCUUAGAAGAUGAUGGUGAUGAGGGUUACUUUGAAGAUGGUGAUGAGGGUUACUUUGAAGAAGAUUAUGAUACAGAGAAUGCUGAAGCUUAUGCUGGAGAUGGUGCCGAAGGCGGUGGGAUAUCACUUGCUGGUACAUGGUGGGAUAAAGAAGCAUUAGCAAUUGCUGAAAAUAUUACUGACUCCUUUGAUGGUGUUUUGGGAAUAUAUGCCUUCAGAACUUUGCCAACCUCCAGGAUUCAAGUUCGGAUUGAGAAGCUGACUACCAAGUAUGGUUCUCCCAGCAUAUCUGAUAUUGAAGAAUUCUCAACAGCCUAUAGGACACGGCUAGAUGAAGCAGAACUAGCUAAAACUGUGCCAGAGAAUUUAUCACUUGAGGUGUCUUCUCCGGGUCUUGAGAGAGUCAUUCGCAUUCCACAAGAACUUGACAGGUUCAAAGAGAAGCCUAUGUACGUCAGAUAUGUCACCGAGGCUGCUGAUUCAUCUUCCGAAAAUGAUGGUGUUUUCAGGCUUGUUUCAUUUGAUCUAGAAACAGAAUGUUGCACCUGGGGUUUAGCUGAUGUGAGGAUUAAUAGAGAAAAGGCAGGAAAAGGGAGACCGAUGAGUAAAAAACAACGUGAAUGGCGGGUGACAACUCCUUUUGACUCCAUCCGUUUAGCUCGCGUCUACACUGAAAUUUAAUAUGAUUAUAUUAUAGACAUGUACUUUCGGUGCUGUUUAUCGUCGUUGAUCUAGAAGUUUUAAGAAUUUAGGAGACCUGCAGCUUUCAGGAUAUUCUUUGGAUAGCAUCAAAUAAAUAUUUUGACUUGGCAGAAUCCAUGUAAUAGAUAUACAUUGUCCAUGCUGUUAUAGUAAAGUAUAAAAAUGUUACUUAAAUUUAGGGGAUCUUGGUCCUUAUUGUUCAUCUGUAACUAUAAUUUGUACCUUCUUAUAAAUGACAGAUUGUUUAUUUUAAGCGCUCAAA